AUGAAGCAGUUGUGUUACAGUGAUGAAUUUCGUCAUAACGAUAUGCCAUUGGAACCCAAGCUUAUGAAAUUCUUUUAUAAAGCCUACUUCCGCUACUCCCAAUUACUGGCAGACAAAAAAACCUCGUUUCGGCAUAAAGCGAAACCAGGUGACAUCAUGACAGUCAACAACCAUCGAAUUCUACAUGGAAGAUCUGAAUUUAAAGAUCGGAGCAAUAACGUGAGGUUACUUGAGCUUGGGUAUUUUGAUUUGGAUUGUGUUUACUCGAAAAUUCAAAUUCUCGCUGAGAAACAAGGAGUACCUUCGCCAAUAGAUUGGUUGUCAUCUGACAAUUUUAAACAAUUUCAAAGAAUGUGA